AUGGUGACAUGCCUUUUUUUGGCAUUUCUGCCAUUCCUCCAUGGCUUCAACGUACUACAGAUUGGCAUCGGUCUGAGCAAUAGUCAUAUCAUGUUCAAUUACCGCAUCGCGCAAACGCUGACCGGCCACGGCCAUAACGUGACGCUGCUGAUGGUGAACAAAAUCCCGUCUUGGAUCAGGCAGUGCCCGAACGUUCACCACAUAGAACAACCAGUAUCGAAAGAUAUUAUCCCACAGAUGAACGUCAUUCAGCAUAUAGCUUUCCAGAAAACCGAUUAUGUUGCCAUGAUCAGGAGUCAGCGGCUGAUAAAUAGAUUUGUCAUCGAACGCUGCUUGGCGGUGCUCAAUGAUCCUGACCACAAACACUAUAUAACCCAGAUUCGUUAUGAUGUAGUCAUUGGUGAGAGCUUCGACCUAUGCAUCCACGCACUGUAUUCAGCUACGAGCAGUCAUAAGUUUAUAGCCGUCGUUGCGGGAGCGUAUGUACUGCCGUUCACGAGUCUGGCGACCGGCGUUCCAGACAAUCCAAGUUUUAUCCCUCAGAUGAUGACAACAUACAGCGAUCAGAUGUCGUUCGUCGCACGGCUGAUAAACUUCGCGAUUGGCUCCAUCGGCAAGCUGUUUCUUCGAAUCUCGUUGUUCAAAUAUGAGUGGAAAAUUGUUCGAGACUUUUCCAGCUGCGUCGACGAUGCGUGUUCAUCAUUCCUGAAAAGAACCUCAGCUCUGAUGCUCAAUGGAAAUGGCCCAAUGGACUUUCCACGACCGUUGGUUCCGCAAAUGUUCUACAUGAGUGACCUGGAAAUAAAACGUGAGGUGGUGCUAAGUAAGGUACGAUGCUCUUGCUGUAUGUCUUUUCAAAUCACAUUCCCUAAAAAAUUGCUUCAUUAUACCCUGCCUAUGUUACGAACCUUUUCAAACAAAAUAGCAGGCAAUAGGCUGUUUAAUAUAGGUUCGUUGGUUGCAUUAUUCGCUUUUGAAUGUUUGCAGUUUGAACAGCGUACAAAAAAUCCACUUAGCGCGGAAAAUAUUUUUGGCUGUUAUAAUGCUAUUCUCCCAUUUAUUAUUAUGCUUGAAGUCAUUUCAAGAAAGUUUGUGACAACCUACCUCUAA